CCAGCAGUGACGUCAGCGGCGCGACGCCCCGAGUCCGUGCGGGUUCUGCGGGAGGGAGUCCGCCCCUUCGCGGUCAUGGUGCGCUGCGGUUGCGCGUGGCUGAGAAAGUAUGGAAAUUUCAUUGAUAACCUGAGAAUCUUCGCCAAGGGAGGAAGUGGUGGAAUGGGUUACCCUCGUUUAGGUGGAGAAGGUGGAAGAGGUGGUGACGUCUGGGUCAUAGCCCAUAAACAUAUGACUUUAAAACAGCUUAAGAACAAAUAUCCUCAGAAACGCUUUGUGGCUGGAGGAGGAGCUAACAGUCGAGUUAGUGCACUGAAGGGCUCCAAAGGAAAAGACUGUGAAAUCCCUGUGCCUGUGGGUGUUUCAGUAACUGAUGAAAAUGGCAGAGUUAUAGGAGAGCUCAAUAAGGAAGAAGAUAGAAUUUUGGUUGCUAAAGGUGGCCUUGGUGGUAAAUUACACACAAAUUUCUUACCUUUGAAAGGCCAGAAGCGAAUAAUUCACCUUGACCUAAAAGUUAUAGCUGAUGUUGGCCUAGUAGGAUUCCCAAAUGCUGGAAAAUCCUCUUUACUGAGUCGGGUUUCCCAUGCAACACCUGUGAUUGCAGAUUAUGCAUUUACAACACUAAAGCCUGAACUUGGAAAGAUUAUGUACAAUGAUUUCAAACAGAUUUCAGUAGCCGACCUCCCAGGUUUGAUAGAAGGAGCACAUAUGAACAAAGGAAUGGGCCACAAAUUCCUCAAGCACGUAGAGCGGACCAGACAGCUGCUCUUUGUUGUUGAUAUUUCGGGAUUUCAGCUUUCUUCUGUAACUCCAUACAGAACUGCCUUUGAAACAAUAAUACUUCUUACAAAAGAGUUGGAGUUAUACAAAGAGGAGCUCCAGACAAAACCUGCACUCUUGGCAGUUAAUAAGAUGGACUUGCCUGAUGCCCAGGUUAAGCUUGACGAACUGAUGAAGCAGCUCCAGAACCCUGCAGAUUUUCUGCAUUUAUUUGAAAAAAGCAUGCUUCCAGAGAAGGCUGUGGAGUUCCAACAUAUCAUCCCCAUCUCCACGGUUACUGGGGAGGGGAUUGAGGAGCUGAAGAGCUGUGUAAGAAAGUCACUGGACCAGCAGGACAGCAAAGACAACGAUGCACAUCAUCGGGAACAGUUGCUUCGUUUGCAGAUUUCCAGUGGAGCAUCUUAGAGGGAGCCACGCCAGAGCAUGCUCUUCACUUCCGGACAGGGCAGCGUUUAAAUCUAGUGUGAGAUAUCGGUGGAAUACUACUUGGUUCUAACGAAGGAAAUCACGUUAUUUAAAAACACAGAUGAGCCUGGAAUGCAUUAUGUUCCAAGAAACCAGGCAGGCACAGCAAGACAAAUGUCACAUGAUCUCACUUACAUGUGGAAUCUUAAAAAGAAAAAAAAGCCAGACAGGUGGAAAUCCUGAAAAGUGAUAAUUAUUAAGGACAGGGAGAUAAAAGGUUAAGAGAUGUUGCUCCAAAGACACGAAAUUCAGUUAAGCUCUGCAAGUCUGUUGUGUCGCUGGUGUUUAGAGUGAGAACAAUGUAUCAUAGUUUGAAAAUUUGUAACAAAGUAGGUUUUAAGUGUUCUAACCACAAAAAUCUGAGAAAAUAUAUUUUAAAUGAGCUUGAGUCUGUAUUUCAGAGCACACUGUGUAUGAUAAAGAUGCAUGUAUAGUUUUUAUGUGUCAAGGAAAAAUAUUUCAAGUUAAUAUAAAUUAAUUUGAAAGUGUUUUCACAUUUUAAAAAUGGUCUUUAUCAGUAGGUUUCCUGAUAAAUGUGCAUCAUCAGGAAGAGAAAUUUUCUCCUUCCCCCUUUUCUAGUGUCAGCUCAGCAAAGCAAUUUCAUUUUGCAAAAAGCGCACACAAGACCCGAACUGGGCUAGCACACACUGAGAGCAACAGAGCUCCUAUAUUUUACCCUUGAUGCGGCUGCUGACUGGGUCUGACUAAUGGCUAUUGAGUCAAAGGGAACGGUCAGGAAACACUGGCUAAACUACUUAGGUUUUAAAGUUUCUCACAACUGCCCUCUUUAUUACAUUGUUUUUCAAAUUAGGUAUCACAUGUUGGCCAUUUGAGGUUUCCAGGAAGAGUAAGUGAUUCAUGGAAUUGAUUGGUGAGCUUGCCUUCCAGGAAGAUGCCUUUUCUUAAUUCCUUUGAAAGUAUUCAAACAAUGCUUACAAAUAGAGAUUUUUCCUUUAGGUGAAAUUUGUUAUAAAAUGUACGCAGUCACUUUUUAAAAUUGUAAAACAACAACAACAAAAACCAAAUUAAAGCAGUAUAUAGGCACAUGAGGCCGCAGAUAUGUCUAUUUCCUGAGAUUCAGUCUUUCUCAAAGGAAGUACUGUAAGUUGCCUAUAUUUUUACACUUUUUUG